AUCAUCAACGACCUUCAUGCACUCAAGAAGACUUACGCCAACAAGGAUCUUGUGAGGAAAAUCCUGCGGAGUCUCACACCCGAAUGGAGAUCAAAGGCUGAUGCAAUCUACGAAUCCAUCGGAGUCUCAAAUGUCACCAUCGACGGGUUAAGAGGUAAUCUCAAAACUUAUGAAUCUACUAUUCUAACCCCGUCUUUGGAUGAACAAAAGAAGAAGGGAAUAGCGCUGAAAGCAACCAAGGAGACCGUGGAAGAAGUUUCAAGCGAUGACGACAACGAGUUCGGACUCGUCAUCAAGAAAUUCCACAAAUUCAUGAAGAAAGAAUUUGAACGGAAAGGGAGAAAGCACGACGGUCCCCUGAAGUGCUAUGGCUGUGGCGAGAUAGGCCACAUCAAGCCGAGGUGUCCAAAAGGCAAAAUCAGCAAGGACAAACCCGGCUUCAAAAAGCAACGUGCCUAUAUCUCAUGGGAUGGCAACUCCGGCGAUGAGUCAACUGAUCAAGAAGAGGAAGAAGCCGCCAACCUCUGUCUCAUGGCACACGAAGACCACGCCGACGAAAUACAAGAGUUAUGUACCCCUUCUUCCGACUCUUACACUUUUGAAGAGAUGCAAGAAGCUCUUCGAGAGCUUUAUGAUGAAUUUGUUAGCGCUUCUAAAACCAACAAAUCACUAAAGAAACGUCUUUAAACUCUUGAAAAUGAUUUUGAAAAUCUGGAAAAAGACAAUGAAAAGUGGAAACAAGAAAAUAAGUUUUAUGGUAAAAGAAGCGCUGAAAAGUCGGAAAGCUCUUCAAGUGAAUGUGAAUCUUGCAAAACUUUAAAAGAAAAGGUUGCAAAACUU